AUGGCUCUUACUGAACUAUAUGGUCGAUCAUUUUCUGAUGCACUAUACGAACGUUAUUGUGAUUUUGAUUCAACAUUUGAUGAUCUGAAAAAUGGUUGCGAUAUUGUUUAUUUCGUUGGAUCAUCACCGAAAAAAACAGAAUCAGGUCUUAUUCUUAAUGCAUCAACUGUUGUUUUAACUGAUGAACGUAUAUCACAUGUGGGUGAUCCACAUGCUAUAGAAACAUCAUGUUCACAUGUUGAACUUGUCGAUAUUUCAUCGAAUGCAUUUUCUGAUUGGCAUGAAAUAUCACUUCUUCUUUCUUCAUUACCUCAUGUUAAAACAAUUAAUUUAAGUUUUAAUCCAUUUUCUUCACAUUUACAUAUAUUACCUGAUGAUAUUCAAUGGCCUAAUCUUAAUACAUUAUGUUUAAAUGGCAGUCGUAUUAGUCUUGAUAUGGUCGUAGAAGUACUUAAAAAAACACCAAAUUUAGAAGAAUUACAAAUCUGUUCAAAUAAUUAUACAACAAUAUUAUCAAAUUAUAAUUUUCAACAUAAUAAUCUUAAACGUGUUUAUAUAUCAAAUAAUAAUUUAACUGAUUGGAAAUCUAUAUGUCGUCUUGGUGAUUUAUUUCCACAUUUAGAAACAUUAAUAGCUAGUGAUAAUCCAUUGAAAAGUUUUCGUUCAGAUGAUGAUGAUACGGCAAUUUGUUUAUCAAACUUACAUACACUUAGUGUUGAUCAAGUUCAAAUAUCUGAAUGGAAUGAUAUUAUUGCUCUAACAAAAUUACCAGCACUUCAUGCAUUAAGAAUUCAUUCAGCACCAUUGCUUAAGCCUUAUCAAAAAGAUGAACGAUUUUUUCUUUUACUUGGUUAUAUGAAAAAGAUAAUAAAGUUAAAUGGAAGUGAUAUAACAGCAAAUGAAAGAGAAACAAGUGAAAGACGAUUUAUUCGUUAUUAUUCUCAACGUGAUGAUAAACCUCAACGAUAUUUUGAAUUAAUUGAACGACAUGGUAAUCUUAAACCAUUGGUUGAUAUUACAAUUCGUGCACCUUAUUUAGCACAAGUACAUCUUGUCUAUAAUAAAAUAACACAUGAUAAAGAAAUUGAUGUUCGACAAACAGUACAACAAUUUAAAAAAUAUCUUCAAGAAAUUUUUCACAUACCAUUCAAUCGUUUACGAGUUUUUUAUGUGGAUGAUGUCGCUUUUAAUAUGGGUGUAUGUGGCCCAGAAGAACUCAAAUAUCCACAACGAUUAUUACAUACAUAUAAUAUUCAUGAUGGAGAUCAAUUUCAUAUCGAUCUUAAACCGGAUUUACGUAAACCUCAACAAUCAAAUCAAAUAGCUGAUUCAACUCGACAUUCACGUAAAAAAUCAACUGAUAAUUCUCCAAAUUCAUCAUUUUCUUCAACAUCAUCUGACGAUGAUAAAAUAAUUUCACCAUUUACUUUUGAUUCUUUACAAAAAUUAUCUAAUCAAACUGAUAUAAAUACUCAUCAAGCAUUUAUUCAACUAGAUCAACUUUAUCCGUCCGCUGAAAAAACUUCUCAAAUUAAUGAUGAUGACGAUGAUCUACUCUUUGCUGCAGCAAGUGCUUGUAUUCAGAUGAAAAAAGACUAG